AUGGUGGUGGCCAGUGACGUUUUCCCGCUUGUGCAUGCUCUGCUGACCGGCGCCGGUCUCAAGAAGUCGGCGGCCGCGCUGGCCAAGGAGGCCAAGCUUCAGCCCAAGGCCUUCAAGAGCGAACACGACCUGCUGGAUGUGUACAAUUUCUAUCUGAUGCACAACAUGAAGAAGGCCAAGGUGCCGGCCACGUCGGUGGAAGAAUCCUCCAGCUCGGACUCGGAUUCGGAUGACGACUCGGAUGACUCUUCCGACUCGGACGAUUCCUCGGAUGAUUCUUCGGACGAGGAGGAGAAGCCAAAGUCCAACAAACGUAAGGCUGAAGCUCCUGCUGCUGAGAAGAAGAACAAGAAGGCGAAACGUGACGAGUCCAGUUCAGACGACAGCUCGUCGGACUCUUCGGAUUCUUCGGACUCUGAUUCGGAUUCCGAUUCGGAAUCGGAAGAUGAGGAGGCUCAGAAGAAGGAGGCUGCACGUCGCGAACAGGCUGCCAAGGCCGCUCUGGAGUGGCAACCCAAGAAGAUCGAGAAGGUGGCCACCGAGGCAAAGACAGCAGGUACCCCGUUCCAGCGUGUGGACGGCGAGUUCUGGUCGCAGAAGAUCGUGGACGACACGCUGCGUGACAACAGCUACGAAGGCACUUUCGGCGCGGACGGUGUCGGUGUGAAGGCCAACAACAAGUUGCUUAAGACGCGUGGUAAGGACUUCACGAAGGGCAAGAACAAACUCAAACGCUCGACGUACAUGUGCGGUGCCAUCAGUAUGGCUUCCAACUCGUUCAAGUUUGAGGACUAG